UAUAACGGAGGUUACAAUGAUACAUCAUGUGGCCAUUGUGUUAAUGUUUCUAUGGUUUCUUAAUUCAUUCAAUUAUGGUCACCCUUUGGCUUAUUUCAUCUCCCUAAUCUAUCUUUAUCUGGUUCAUGAGCAGUAUGUGACAAGAUUGAAGAAGAAACUGCAGUUUGAGGAAAAAAGACAGUCAAAUCAACGACGUGUGCUUUCUGAUUCUGAAACAGUGAGGUGGUUAAAUCAUGCACUUGAAAAGAUCUGGCCUGUUUGUAUGGAGGAUAUCGUUUCUCAGAAAAUUCUCCUUCCUAUCAUUCCAUGGUUUAUGCAGAAAUACAAACCUUGGACUGUGAAAGAUAUUGCAGUGCAGCAUCUCUACUUAGGGAGAAGCCCUCCUAUGUUCACGGAAAUGAGGGUUCUUCGUGAAUCUACAGGAGAUGAUCACCUUGUAUUGGAGCUUGGGAUGAAUUUUCGUUCUGCAGAUGACAUGAGUGCUAUUCUUGCUGCAAAGCUUAGGAAGAGGUUGGGCUUUGGGAUGGUGACAAAGCUGCAUCUGUUGGGAAUGCAUGUUGAGGGAAAGGUCUUGGUUGGUGUCAAGUUCCUAAGAAAGUGGCCAUUUCUCGGUCGUUUGCGGGUGUGCUUUGCUGAGCCUCCGUACUUUCAGAUGACUGUAAAGCCAAUUUUUACACAUGGGAUUGACGUGACGGAACUUCCUGGAGUUGCUGGAUGGCUGGAUAAUCUUCUUUCUGUUGCAUUUGAGCAGACACUUGUUGAGCCUAACAUGCUGGUAGUUGAUAUGCAGAAAUUUGUCUCACCCCAACCAGACGAAAGCUGGUUCUCUGUAGAUGCCAAGGAGCCCAUUGGCCAUGUUAUUUUGGAAGUUCUUGAAGCAGAAAACCUGAAACCAACAGAUUUAAAUGGAUUGUCUGAUCCAUACGUUAAGGGGCAUCUAGGGCCCUUCAGAUUCAAGACUAGGACUCAGAAGAAGACAUUAGCUCCACAGUGGCAAGAGGAGUUCAAGAUUCCAAUCUGUUCAUGGGAGUCUCCCAACAAUAUGCUCAAUGUAGACGUUCGUGACAAAGACCAUUUUUCUCAGGAUGAUUCAUUGGGAGAUCAUUCCAUGAACAUCUGUGAUUAUAGGGAUGGCCAGAGGCAUGAUAUAUGGUUGUCUCUUCGUAAUGUUAAAAUGGGGAGAUUACGUCUUGCCAUAACUGUAGUUGAAGGUAGCGAAAAGGGUCCAGAGCAGUCAUACAAGAUAGCAAAUAUGGACAACAAACAAGACAGCAAUUCUGAUGAGAUGGAUACAGCCGAAGGAGGCUCCUUAUCCACUGAGUUGGAUAAGCAAUCAUCAAAAGUUGCAGAUAAAUAUGAACCAAUUAACAUAGAAGGGCAGCAGGAGACUGGUAUGUGGGUACACCACCCAGGCAGUGAAGUACCACAAGUGUGGGAACCGAGAAAAGGAAAGAGUCGGGUUAUUGAUGGAGAAGUUCUUGGCUCUGAAGCUGAUUCCACGGGAAGUUUUAAGUCGAGAGCGGGAGGAUCUUUUCGGGGUGAUGACUCUGACGAAAGCAAUGGAUCUAAGAAGUCGAAUCUAAUCAACAGGGGUAUGCAUAAGAUCGGCUCCAUUUUCCACAAAAGAGAGAAAAGUGAGGACAAGUCUGGAAACCUUGGAGAGGUUCCAUCUCUGCAUACUAAUCUAAAGGCAGUGAAUGCAAAGGGGAUCGGAGUGAAGCUUAUAAUGGAUGAUUCAGUAGAAACAACUCCUUGGGAAGAUGGUAAAGAGACUCCUGAGGUAAAUGGUCAAGGUAGUAGCGCCAAAAAGGGUAGAGUCAGAGACAAGGCGAAGAAUAUUCUGAAACAUGCAGUAUCCCGGAAGUCAUCACGAAAAUCUAAAGGUGAGUUAGAGUCAACAGCGUCAGAGCGAGAUCUCUCUGUGGAAUCUGAUUCUUCUGAGGACGAGUGUGCUCUAUUAAUCGGCUCACCUGUUGGCCGUUCAGUUAGCGGCCAUCUCAUAGCCAGCACUGGCGUUGAGAAUUCCAAUGGCAACACAGUGAAGACUAGUGAAGUGGUAGAUGAUAAGGGAAGCAUGAAAACUACUGAUGAGGAAAAAGUUCAUGAUAAAGCUAUGAAUUCAGCAAGUCCAAAAGUUUCAAACCCUUGAGAUGGAAUAAUGAAUAUGUUUGUUGUACAUUUUCCUCAAGUAGGUUACUGUUAUACAAUUUCACUUGUACAUUCUGGUAUUUCAUGUAAUAGUUUUCAUUUUUGCUUGUGUUUGUAGAUGUAGGUUCUCUUUCAGUAAACAAUGGCUGCACUUUCAGUAAUUUGAAAAAUGGUUGUUCUUGUAAAAAUAUACAUGUAAGACUAAUAAUAUCCAUGACAAAAUGUGAGAUUAUACAAUGUGCAUGCACAUUGAAAUAA